GUGUUUUGCAAUGAAUGUGGUCUGGUCUGUGUCAAAAAAAUGAAAUCGAUGUGGCUGAAACUUUAAAGUGUUUUAUGAUUAAUAGAGCAGCUCGCUUGUAAAUUAUAAAUCAUGGUUCGUGGUCCUGGAAGAAUUAAAGGAGCAUCAACAACUAAGAAAAAAGCAAAGCGAUGGAAAAAGGGCCAAAGUUGUGUGUCGAACCCAGCGAAUCAAAGUCACAGACAGGCUGCAGUGCGCACCCGGUUCUUACCAAGCAAACCGUCCAAUCGGGGCCAGAGUUUACUGACUAAGAAAAGUUUGGAAAAACACAAUGAAAAUUCACAUGGAGAUGACGUCAUUGGUGAUUGCGAUAUGGACUCGGAAGGAGGGCAUACAUUUGGCACAUUCAUGAGCGGGCUUAGUGACUGCACAAAUCCCACUUUUGACCGUGUAAAGCGAUACUGGGACUCGCAGUCUGCAAGUCAUAAGGAGGUGUGUGCAGUGCUAGCUGCUGUAACAGAAGUAAUCCGGGAAAAAGGGGGCAAGGAAACAGAAACCGAGUAUUUUGCAGCGCUUAUGACAACACUGGACACUGUUGAUGAAGAUGAUUCCAGGUCUGCUGUCCUUUAUCUCCUUAAUUUGGUCUUGAAAAGAGUUCCAGCAAAUGUGAUAAAAGUAAAGUUUUCAAUGAUUUGUAAGUGUUUCAUGGAAAUCUUAGCACAGAAUUCAAACACAACUUCAAUUGUCCGAUCUUGUCUGCAAUGCCUAGCAACGAUUUUGCGAAUUGUUGACAUUGCAACAUGGAGUGAGUCCUCUACCAUGCAAGUAUAUCAUGGAGUAUUAAGUUUUACCACUCACCAAAAACCCAAGGUACGUAAAGCAGCCCAGACUGCAAUUUGCUCGAUACUAAGAGGUAGUCAGUUCAUGGUGUCAAGUCGGGCACCCCCUCAUCACCCAGCUGCUUCUCAAACAGCCAAGUUUUGCAUCCAACAAGUUGAACAGUGUGGAGGCACUGGGGAAGCAACAACAACUCUGCAUAUCCUUGGAUUGAUGAAAGAUACAUUGCCAUGGUUUCCAAAACAGAGUAUCAAGUCCUGCUGCGAGACGUUAUUAAGAGUAAUGACACUAAGCAACCCGCUGGUUACUUCAGUUUCAAUGCAGUGUCUACACAGCCUUUUCUCUUCGAAGCCAAAGGCCUCAUCGCUCCCUGCAGACCUGAACGCUCGAAUCAUCAAUGCUCUUUACGACUACCAGCCUGGUAGCAAUGAUGCCCAGCAAAUGCAGGCCUGGCUUGCUGUCAUGGAAACCGCAUAUAUCUGUCUUGUCAGGUUGGAUGAACGUCUUUGUGUCAGUCAUCUUCCAAGAUUCACCACAGCGGCCAUAGCUUGCUUUUUGUCAGAUAAGUCUGAGGUAGCUGUUGCUUCUGCCAAGACAUUAAAGACCGUUCUAAAGGAAUGUGUAGUGCCCUCUGUUGACUGGUUGAAAAUAGAGUUUGCAAGUGGAGCAGUCUCACCAGUGCACAAGAUGUUCCAUACAAUAGAGGGCGGCCUUGCUUACAGAUACCAUGCCUCCUGGGGUCUUGUGUUACAGGUUAUUGGCACAUUUAUUGAGAUUUUAGGAAAAGAAUGUCACCACAUGAUGAGCAAGUGCCUGCAAACAAUGGCAGAUUUAAGAAGCACAAAUCAGUUUCCUUAUACCGUGGAGCUUGAUAAGACAAUGGGGUCGGCGGUGAAGCACAUGGGGCCUAAGACCGUUCUCAGUGUGGUACCACUGCACAUUAGUGGAGAUGAUGAUAAUUAUGAAUUUCCACGUAGUUGGCUGAUCCCUGUAAUGAGAGAAAAUAUUUGCAAUACUGAACUGCAAUUUUUCAACAGAUACUUCUUACCUCUUGCAGCUAAAUUGCGAACGAAGUCUCUGCAGUUGACCCAAGCGGGUCGUGGUGUUGAAGCCAAAACAUAUGACAUUCUUCAGAGUCAAAUCUGGUCUUUGCUGCCUGGUUUUUGUAAGAACCCAACCGAUUUAUGUGCAUCAUUCAAAGACAUUGCUAGAAUACUUGGAUCUGCUCUUAGUGACCGACCUGACCUGAGGAAAGAUGUGUGUAGUGCCCUCAGGCACCUUAUCGCACACAAUAUGGAAAAUGAAGACAACAAGGUGGAACUUGCGAGAUUUGUCAAGAAUUUUCUCCCAAUCCUGUUCAACAUUUACUCCAAGAGUAACCCCAAGGAAAGAGAUCCCGACCAUUUUAUUGUCUUUGAAACAAUCAAAUCAUAUUUAAUGAUAUCCGAUAGUAAAUUGACCUGUAACUUCUUUGAUAAAGUAUGCUCUAAACUGUCUGACAAAAGCUCAGAAAAGGCAGCUAUCAUGGAUUUAGCAAUUGCAAUGGUAACUUACGUAGAUGAGAACAGAUUGUCUUCAAUAUAUAAGAUAAUUACCAAACAAUUUGAGGAUGAUGAUCGAACUGUACAGAAAAAAGCCUACAGAAUAUUGGAAGAAAUAUGUGGGAGCAAGCUGGAAUCGACGCAACGCUUCAUCGACUCUCAUCUGAGCGAUUUACAAGAAGUGUUAUUAAAGAGUUUGGCAGCAGCAUCACCAUCUUCAAAGGCACCGAGGCUACGUUGCUUGGUCCAGAUUGUAAAACGCCUGCCUCCUGGUCAACAUGAGUUCCUACAGGCCAUUAUCCCCGAGGUGAUGUUAUGCACAAAAGAAAUCAAUACCAAGGCAAGGGGGUCUGCUUUUACCCUUCUCAUUGAAACCAGCAAUGCCAUGCUUCGAUGGGAACCAGAUGAUAGACCAGAGUGUCUUGGCAAGUUCUUGGAUUUGGUUGUCGCUGGGUUUGCCGGGUCACCGCAGAUGAUAAGUGCUACUAUACUGUCCCUCACAAGGAUAGUCUAUGAAUACAAAGAAAUUCUAACAGGUGAAACACUAGACCAGAUGAUAACAGCCAUGUGCACCUUGCUUUCUUCAAAAACUAGAGAGAUAGUCCGGUCCGCACUUGGUUUUGUCAAAGUGCUGUUGACAAUUCUAGAUGAGGCGACACUUGCCCAGUUUGUUGAAUCUCUGGUGGUAAGCAUAACUUCCUUGAGUGAGCCAAACAGAAGAGCUCUGAGAAAACCAAUGAAGUCAAUCUAUGUGAGACUGAUCAGAAAGUAUGGUUAUGAGAUGAUUAUUAAGUUGAUUCCUGCAGACCAGCAGAAGGUGGUACAUAAUAUCAAGAAGAUCCAAGAAAGGCGGAAGAGAAGGAGAGCACUAAAGGACACUCAAGAAGAAAGUGAUGAUGAAGAGAAUGAGGCGUUACUACCUGCAAAGUCUCGACCAGAAACAAUUGAAGAAAUACUUCAAGAGUCUGACUCAGACAGUGAUGACGAGAAGGACACAAAGAAACCGGGAGGUCGUAAAGUAAAACCAAAAGAGAAUGUAAAGAGGGGUGCUGCAUGGUUAAGAGAGGGCAAAGAUGACACACUUCUUGACUUUCUUGAUCCGUCUGUCUCCAAAAGAGUUCUUGCUACCAAGCCUGAAGAAAAAUCUGAGGUAAAGACAAAGGUAAAACACAACUUCAAAUCCAUGCCGGAUGGGAGACUGAUGAUAACGGAUGAAGUAAAUGAAGACGUAAAUGAAAAGAAGAAAGGAAAAAAGAAGAAAGAAGUUGUAGACGAACUUGGGAACUUGAUGGAUAAGGAAUUGGAUAACAGAAAGAUGCAGAAUCGCAAGAGAAAACUCGAAAAUCUGGAAGGAAUCAGCGAUGAUGAAGAAGAAAUGUCACCAUCGAAGUAUAAAGCUGGUGGAGGUGGUAUUCAUAGGCCAAUUGCAGUAGCAAAGCGAUCUGUAAAAUCAGUCAACUCACAGCCAGGAGUUGAAUACAAAGCAAAGAAAGCGGCUGGGGAUGUUAAACGGAAAGGAAAGGCAGACCCAUAUGCUUACGUACCACUGAACAAACAUCUAAUUAACAAAAGGAAAAAGGCAUCAUCUAGUGGUGUUUGGAAGAACCUAACGAAAGCGGCUAAGAAGGGUGCCCUCACAGGCAAAAAGGGAAGAGUUCAGAAAGCUAGAAAAAAAUAAUAGGAUUAUAAAUGAAAAUAAAUAUAAUGCGUUUUAUAUAUUUAUGAGGGUGCAUGCAGAAUACAGGAAGAAAGGAGGGUUUAAAUAGUUUUAUUCUGAAUGUGUUACAAUUUAUCAACAGGAACUCAAUAUAUAAGCAGAUUGCACCUUAAAUAUGUACUACUAAUUUUAACGAAUAUAAGCCAAGGGUGCUAAGAACUCACUGAAAAAAUAGAAACUGGGCUUAUUAUCAGACAAUUCCUCAACAAAUAAUUGAUAAACUUUGUUGGUGGCAUUACAAGGACCUGUGCACGACAAUCGUUUCUGUUGCGAUGGCUGAAAAAAUUAGGCUUUAAAUCCCAAAUCCAGCUUACUUCUGCUAAUUGUUAAACUGAGUAAUAUUAUGAGAAUGUAUUGUAGUGCUUUAGUACAGAGAAUCCGUAAUACUUUUACCCAUAAUUUUGCCAAAAGUAAGUCAAUUCUAGUAAAUGACCUUAGUGCCGGCACCAGCAGAGUGACAGCAGGGGCUUAAGCCCCCCCACCGGACAGCUCAAGCCUCCCCAUUGGACAGAGCUCAUCGGGCAGUCGAACUGAAAAAAGCAUAAAAAUAGGCAAACGCCAAGCCAACACAUGCCUGUCACAGUUUGUGAAUGUCAUUUCUGGACAUCCAGAGGUGCCUCUCCUUUAAAAAAUCUCAUUUGGGAUGGGGAACAUAAUCUAAAACCCUUCCCCCAACUUAAGCCUACGAGCUCCAGUCCCCCUUUUGGACAGCUCACCCCCCCCCCCCAGAAAAUAUCCCCUAGACCCACCACUGAAUGACCUAUAAUCUUGCAACUUAAGAAUAUGCAUAUAUUAAAAAGUAAAUUUUCUUGUUUAGGUCACUGAGACUGGUUUUGGCAUGGCAAGCCCCAAAUACUCUUGAAUUUGGAAAAUACCUGCGAGUGCACCCUGUAGUACGCCACUGACGUUUCUAGCUGACCAAAGUUUUAAAAUUAUUAUUUUUUUAUUUUUUAUUUUUAACUUUGACAAAUGCUGGUGUCUAGACUUUAUAAACAUAAGACUUAAAAACUGAUUAACAGCAAAUUGACAGGUCCAUGCAAAAAAUAA